AUGGUCCGCGAGGCAAGUGGCAAGGUGAUGCACAGGAACAACCAGGACCGAGUCAACUUCAUCAACAGCGGUGACUUCGGCUGUACAGCAGCGGCCUACCCCGAGCACGUGCAGUUCCCGCGCUUAGGAACCAGCGAGCGUGCGGCUCGUGCUACGCGUUUCGCCUCGAUGGCGGUGCUGGAGUCACGCGUGCGCAUCCUCACCAACAACACCAUGCAGCCUGCGUUCUCACCGCAACACAUCGUCAGCUGCAGCCAGUACAGCCAGGGCUGCGCCGGCGGCUUCCGCUACCUGAUCGCCGGGACGUACGGCAUAAUCAGCCUUACCAACCACAACGUCCUGCUCGUGGAAUAUGGGGAGGAGAACAGCAAGAAGUACUGGAGCGUCAGGAACUUCUGGGGAGACAACUGGGGCGAAGAGGGCUUCUUCAGUGCUUUGACUAUCCGCCGCUUCCGCAAGAUCGAUCGCGGCACCGACAUGUGUGGUUUCGAGAGCUUGGCCGUUGACAUUGACGUUGGCCCCUAG